GCACAGUUGCAGCCACCUAUGACUUUACCCCGGGGUCCUUGUUGUGUGCAAAGAAAGAUGGCGGUGUCCAUGGUGUGCAGGAGGACAGCAGUGUUAUGUAGGACUUUAAAGGGGAUUUCAUCUUCAAAAGCUGUCAUUCCAGCGCACUCCUUAUUACAGACAGCAUCUUAUAACCCGAAACCCCUCAAACUAAACCUCCGUGACCCUUAUAUCCCGGACAGGGACAGCGAGAGGACACCGGAGUGGCAGCGGACGGCCCGAUAUGCAGGGAAGCUGUUCGGACGUUACGGCUCCGCGUCGGGCAUCGAGCCGGCCUCGCUGUGGCCCAGCAGCGAGCAGCUGGACAGGGCCGUGGCAGAGGAGAGCGAGUGGCACCCUCCGUUAGAGGUGAUGCUGAGGAACAUCGAGGCCAAGCAGAAGGAGGAAACCGAGAAACGCCUAGCAAAAGAGAAACUCAUAGCAGAAAACAUGGCCAAAAUGCCCAAGAUGAUAGCCGACUGGCGCAGAGAGAAGCGUGAAACCAAACAGAAGCUAAAAGAGGAGAAGGCUCGCCGUGCGAAGUUGCUGGCUGAGGCCAGAGAGCGUUUUGGCUAUGCAGUGGACCCCCGCAGCCCCAAGUUCUUGGAAAUGGUUGCUGAAAUAGAAAAGGAAGAGAAGAAGAAGAAGAAACUAAUGAAACGCAGACUGAAAGAGGAACAGGCGGCAGCUCCUGUCACACCUCCUGUUGCCUCCUCAUAGUUUUGGACUGAGUCAUUGUAGGCAUAAUUAACUAUUAGACCUUGGUCUAACUGUAUUUAAUGACAAGAGAAACAGUUUAUCCCUUGUUUUCUGUUACCUGAUCCCAUCAGGAUAAGAAAACCCCAUCCAUUCGUUUCUGUGAAAAUGUACUUUUUCCAGAAUUGUUUGCUUUCUUUGUGCAUAUUUGUUAAUUUUUCAGGAUCUCUCUAUGUAUUUGGCUGAAAUAAAUGCGUCUGUGCAGACUGUGUAAUUUCAA